GACCCCCCAUAAAAAGCCAUGACUGUCCCAAUCUUUGGUUCUCAGAGAAAGCGCAAAUAGAAACCAGCAUCUCAGAAAGUCAAAGAGAACAACAACAGCAAAAUUCUUAAGUACUUCAAAAAAAAACAAAUUAAAAACUUCUUAAAAAAAAAAUAAAAAAAAACACAAAAAAAAAAAAAAAAAAAAAAAACCCAACAAAAACCGUGUUUUAAAUUACGCUUUCAGAACCAAGAUGUCUGCCCUUACCGAUUUCCAACGAAAGAAAAUACUCAACCUCUUCGAAAAUCUUUAUGGUAAGUCAUAUUUCAUUUACCCAUUCUAUGAAAAUACCCGUUUUGUGUAUAGAUAUAAACAUAUUUAUUUAUUUUAAAUCGAUAAGCUUUAAAAAACCACGUCAGAGGUAGGCCAUAUCAGAUAUCUCCCCCCCCCCUCUCCCGGAUUUCUGCACUUUAGACCUAUUGCUUGUUUAAGUUCGAGUUUGUUUAUGUAACGCUGUAAACCUAUAUAAAAAAAAAACAAAAAAAAACCAACACUUCUUUCAUUAAAGUUACCAUUCAACUCUUGCGUAUUUAGAGAGAUUUAACAGUGAACUCCAUGAAGUUCGACUACAUUAAAGUAAAUUAUUUUUAGGCAAUUUUGUUAAAAUUAAAAAUGUGGUUUUGGCGGAAAAAAAAAAAAAAAGAAGACGUCACAAUACAUUUGUCCUGCAAGUUAAAAGCCUAUGGUUGUAUUGUACAAAUUUUCUUAAAGUUUUGUUCCGCGCAAACAGACCCAGGUUUUGCGUAUUUAGAGAGAUUUAACAGUGAACUCCAUGAAGUUCGACUACAUUAAAGUAAAUUAUUUUUAGGCAAUUUUGUUAAAAUUAAAAAUGUGGUUUUGGCGGAAAAAAAAAAAAAAGAAGACGUCACAAUACAUUUGUCCUGCAAGUUAAAAGCCUAUGGUUGUAUUGUACAAAUUUUCUUAAAGUUUUGUUCCGCGCAAACAGACCCAGGUCUGCAAUAAUUAUAUUUCGUCAGCAUGAGCCAAAGAAGCGAGAUAAAUCAGUUCGAUGUUUAUUCUUUUAAGUCUCCGAUCAAAAGUACUUAUAAAAAAAAAAAGAUUUUCUUGUUCAUGAAACACGUCCCUAAAUGGUUGAAAGGAUUUUAAAUUACCUUUUUACAUUCUUCCCAUAUUACUUUUAAGACUUUUAAACUAUAAAUACAUUUUAAAAAACAAACUAUUGUGAAUUUUAAAUUUUUUUAAACAGACUUAAAACGACAACAAAAAAAAACUAAAAAAAAAAAACCAAUGGAAAACAUUAGCAUUGGUAACAAAUUGAAAGAUUGCUAACAAAUUAUCUGAUCCCGUAUUAAAUUUGGUUUUAUGACAUAUUGAAGUUUAAGGUCAAAGAAAAACAAAAUUAAAUCGGACGCCGGUCCGUGACGCAUUGGGAAAAUUUGUCCACCGGUCCGCGACGCAAUGGGAAAACGUGUCCACAGGUCCAUGACGCAAUGGGGAAACUUGUCCACCGGUCCGUGGCGCAAUGGAGAAACUCGUCCACCGAUCCGUGACGCAAUGGGGGAAAUUGUCCACCGGUCCGUGACGCAAUGGGGAAACUUUCCCACCGGUUCAUGACACAAUGGGGAAACUUAUCCGCCGGCCCGUGACGCAAUAGGGAAACUUGUCCAUCGGUCUGUGACGCAAUGGAGAAACUUGUCCACCGAUCCGUGACGCAAUGGGGGAAAUUGUCCACCGGUUCGCCAAGCGUAAAAGUUCGGGAAAUGCCGAUGCUGUGUGACCUACUUGUCAUCUGGCUAAUUUGCUCCGAGUUUAUGGAAAGAAAAAAAAAUCUACAACGCGCAUGUGCUUCUGAGCUCUGACUUUCUAUAGAAAAAUAAAACUUUAAAAUUACACUGCGGCUGAGCAAAGAAUCUCAUCCAUUAUGCUCUAUCCGAAUAGGACCGUGGCCGAGGGAGUGCGGCGCCCGGGGUGAAGCCUGAAAAAUGUCACCCGCCGCUAAGUAGAACAUGAGUACCACCAUAGUGUCGGACCAGUGAAAAGACAAUUUUGGCGCACCUCGUGUUUUUGAAUUACAUAUUAUCUCGUUUAUUUCACUUUAAAAGAUCUUAUCUGAAGACAAUUUUGGAGCCCUCGUGUUUUUGAACUACAUAUAAUCUCGUUUAUUUCACUUUAAAAGAUCUUAUCUGAAGACAAUUUUGGCGCACCUCGUGUUUUUGAACUACAUAUUAUCUCGUUUAUUUCACUUUAAAAGAUCUUAUCUGAAGCCAAUUUUGGAGUCCCUCGUGUUUUUGAACUACAUAUAAUUUCGUUUAUUUCACUUUAAAAGAUCUUAUCUGAAGACGAUUUUGGAGCCCCCUCGUGUUUUUGAACUACAUAUAAUCUCGUUUAUUUCACUUUAAAAGAUCUUAUCUGAAGCCAAUUUUGGAGCCCCUCGUGUUUUUGAACUACACAUUAUUAUGUCGUUUAUUUCACUAUAAAGAUCCUAUCUGAAGACGAUUUUUGCCCCCCCCCCCCACUGAUGUUGUCGCAAGGGCGGGUUCUCCUUUAACACUCACCCCACUUAUCUCGCUCGGCAUUAUAUAUAACCGAAGCUCAGUUAGAACUAGAUCUUAUCUGAAGCCAAUUUUGGAGCCCCUCGUGUUUUUGAACUAAACAUUAUUAUGUCGUUUAUUUCCUUAUAAAGAUCCUAUCUGAAGACGAUUUUUGCCCCCCCCCCCCCACUGAUGUUGUCGCAAGGGCGGGUUCUCCUUUAACACUCACCCCACUUAUCUCGCUCGGCAUUAUAUAUAACCGAAGCUCAGUUAGAACUUAACACCUACAAUUGUCAUAUGUUAUAUACAAUUCUAUUUUAGACUCCGAGGUCUAGAUUCUAAGGCUACCAAGCCAAUGUGGUCUAAACAGCUUUGAAUGUAUCUCUUAUAUGCAUCAGCUUACUCCUGUGUUAUAAAUCAAUUUCGUACUAUGCAGACAAAUAAAAUAGACUUCAGAGAAUUAAAAAAAAGAGAACGAAAAAAAAAGAAAUCUAUUUAAAUUAUGUAUUUAAUUCAUAUGAUGAAUAUGUGUUCCCAUUACUUAAAUUAACGGACCACCGUAAACUAUGUUGAUCUCAACAUGUUCAGAUUUUCAUAUGUGGGCCUUUUUGUUAAUGAUUCCUAGUCACAGAUGCAGAAUUUUUUAUUUUUUUUUAAAUGUAUCUCUCUCUAUGUAUAUGUGUGCGUAUGGACUGCGUUAGUAUUGUAGUAAUAUUUAACUGUUCCCUGAUAGGGUCGCUUAACCAAAUGGUAAUUACGAAUGAAAGAAAUGGUCCGUGGAGUCUUGUCUGAAAUGUGUUUCUAUUUAGCAGAACCUUAUUCCAAUGAGAUUGAUGAGAAGUCCAAUUACAAUGUUAUCUGCGCAUAGUAUCACAUAUUUAAAUUUGUUUCUUUUUUUUUAGUGUUGUUUUCAGAUUGUGUCUGAUCCGAAAAGCGAUAUUUUGUGUCGUCUAUCGUAAGAGGUCGUUUAAAAAAAAAAAAAAUCCCCGACCCUUAAAAUCAAAUCCGAGAUCACUUUGUCUAACCAGGUGGGAAUUCUGCAAUGUGCAUACAUUAACAAGUUUUCGUAUCGCAUUAUCCAAGUCUGGUCGCUGCAUCUACACUACAAUACCGCACCUGUAUAGAUUUCAGUAGGAUUAUGUGACAUUGGUCGAAAUCGUUUCCUGGUGUAUGUUUAUGAUCUACUCCGAUGAUCUAUGUCCUGGCAUGCUACAAUAAGACAAGGGAAAAAAAAAAGGGGGGGGGGGGCAAGUGUGGUUCGGAUAACCAACGUUUCGGAAACAGCGACUUUCCGUAAAUUGACGCCGUAUUCUAUUUUACAAAUUAUAAUACGAGUGAAUAUUUCAUCCUUUGUCACGCGUUCAUAUUUCGCUGUAACGUCCCUGCUGAACGUUGUUCCCUUUAAGUCCUUCACUUAUUUUAUAUCAUUUGUUCAUUUCUUUCCUUUUUUCUCUAUCAAUCGUUCUCGCUUUCUCGCCCUUUCUUUUCUUUCUUUCUUUUUUCUUUCUUUCACACUUUCUCGCUUUUUUUCUUUCCUUUUUCUUUCUUUCUAUCUGUCUCUCUUUCUUUCCUACUAUCUAUAUUUCUUUCCUUCUUUCCUUCUUUCCUUCUUUCCUUCUUUCCUUCUUUCCUUCUUUCCUUCUUUCCUUCUUUCCUUCUUUCUUUCUUUCUUUCUUUCUUCCUUUCUUUCUUUCUUUUAUAUUAAAGUAUGAAUGUAAUUUUGAAAACGUACAAUAUAAAAAAAAAAUACAAUUUUUCCCUGAUUUUUUUUCUUCUAAAUUCUGGUGUUUAUUAAACAAAAAAAAAAUAUUUUUUUUGUUGAAAAAUAAGAUUGAAAAGUCACCCUUGAAAUGUUCGUGAAAGUUCUUGAUGAUGUUGCUAUUGAUUCCUUUUCAUCGUAAAAUAGAGGAAUGUGUACGCGAAGAUAAAAACAAACCUGAAAACGUCAAUUGUUUUCUAUUGUUAAAUGACGAGACGGGUACCUCUAUUCGAAUACAACUUUUUUGUUUUUUUACAGUAACACUACUGAUAGAAUUGUUAGUUACUACGGUCCAGGAUUUCAAUGUUGCAAUUAAAUUUUUUUUUUCCCCUUGAGAAGGAACUUAGAUGAAGUGUUUUAAGCCAGUUAUAUAUCAUUUAUUCGGAGCCUUUAUAUAUAUAAUUAUAUAUAUAUUUAUCGCAUUAUUGAUUUUUAUGAAACACAAACAAACAAACAAACACACAAUCAGACAAACGACAAAACAAAAUAUUGUUCAGUCCGUGAUGGAUUCUGUGGGAUGGAAAUAUUUAGACGUGGAUGGUCUUUUGCAUAGUGCCUCGCCCAUUACAAAGCCCAGUGAACCUAUUGGUGUCCAUUUGUGAAUUGUUUUCGUUCGGCCACAGUACCAUCUAUUCACCCAUAACUGCAAGAGCAAUGUGAACUUCUUGUAAUCCAAUCUUAAGUUGAAGCUCUUGGGGAAGGGGGGGGGGCUAGAGUCAAGUAUUUUAUGCUGAGUCGUUCUGCCAUCAAAAAGUCACAUGGAUGACGAAGAACAAGGUCAUUGCAAGCAGUUUGGCCUGGGACUGAGGGAUCGAGGGGGAGGGGGUGACGACCGCGACUCCAUCCAUUAUUAAAUCACCACAGCAAUCUGUUGUAUAAUUACAUCAGCGACUCCACACAGUAUUUUUUUUUUGCACAGGCCGCACAAUUACAUCACCUAGUAACCCCGUUACAUCAUGACGUUAGAGGCUGCCGCUGCUGCUGCAUCACUGCUCCCUCGGACUUCACUUGCUGCCUCACUUCUUGCAAGGCCACGUCAAACAGCACAAUCAUCGUUACGUCACACAACUUAGAAAUCCCUCCCCCCCAGCCCCCCCCCCCCGGCCCCCCCCCCCCCGGGCCGCCGCCCCACGGCACGUGUUUGUCAUUACCAACAAAGAGGAGACAAGAUAUCAUCAAGAAUGCAAGAUAAAUGUAACAUUGGUGGUUUCCCCUUACCCUUGGACUGGUGGCUCCGUCUUGGGGAUGGUUGGGGGGGGGGAGGUACGGGGGGAAUAUUUGCUUACGCGGGGGGAAAAAAUCUCUUAAUUAAUUCCAGCCAAAGAAGAAAUGUACAUGAUGCGAGCUUUCUUGGCAAGUCAGCCCAGUGCCGGUAAUAAGUAUUUUGCUGGAAGAUAAUCAGAUUAGCGUACGGUGAUGCUUAAUGCUGGCAGAUACUACGGGCUCGCUGGAUUCUUUAGUACAGCUUCAUGGAACAUAUCUGAUCGGGGGCGGCUACGACAGCAAGCGGGGUUCUUGAUGCUGGCAAAUACGUUCUCACUAGAUUUUUUAGUACAACUUCAUGGUAUAUCUAUAUUAUAUCUGACCGAAGCUGCGACAGUACGCGGGUUCUUAAUUUUGGCAGAUACGGUCUUACUAGAUUUUUAGUACUGCUUCAUUGUACAUAUCUGAUCGGGCAGGAGGGGGGGGGCGCGAUAGUACGGUAGAACAAAUAAGAAUGGGGAGGGGUGGUCAAAUUUUUGUGAGGGGGGGGGGGGAGGUUGGUUCUCCAUGGUGGCUGAUGGCGUUAAAGUACAACUCCUCGUAUCUGAUCAGACUGCAACGUUGUGACGCGUCAAGACACAAAAUUGAAAAAGAAACAUAUAAAAAAUGAGACAGUUUUAUUUUAUUUCGUGUUUUUUGUGUUUUUUAUAUAUUAAAAUUUCGUGUGAAUUGUUAAUUAUUUGCUAUAGUUUUUAUAUAGAAUAGAAAGAAGGGGGGAAAAAAGAUGGAGAAACAUGUGUUUCGUUUUUAAUUUUGUAUGAUACCACGCUGAAAAUCUUUAUGAUACAACGGCCCAACAUUUGUAUGAUGCAACGAUCCAACAUUUGUAUGAUACAACGACCCAACAUUUGUAUGAUACAACGACCCAACAUACGACCCAACAUUUGUAUGGUACAACGACCCAACAUUUGUAUGAUCAACGACCCAACAUAGGACUCAACAUUUGUAUGAUAAAAUGACCCAACAUAUGUAUGAUACAACGAUCCAACAUGUAUAUGAUACAACGAACCAACAUAGGACUCAACAUUUGUAUGAUAAAAUGACCCAACAUUUGUAUGAUACAACGACUCAACAUUUGUAUGAUGCAACGACCAACAUUUGUAUGAUACAACGACCCAACAAUUGUAUGAUACAACGACUCAACAUUUGUAUGAUACAACGACCCAACUUUUGUAUGAAAAAACGAUCCAACAUUUGUAUGAUCAACGACCCAACAUUUGUAUGAUACAACGACCCAACAUUUGUAUGAUACAACGACCCAACAUUCGUAUGAUACAACGACCCAACAUUUGUAUGAUACAAUGACCCAACAUACGACCAAACAUUUGUAUGGUACAACGACCCAACAUUUGUAUGAUCAACGACCCAACAUAGGACUUAACAUUUGUAUGAUAAAAUGACCCAACAUAUGUAUGAUACAACGAUCUAACAUUUGUAUGAUACAAUGACCCAACAUAUGACUCAACAUUUGUAUGAUAAAAUGACCCAACAUUUGUAUGAUUCAACGACUCAACAUUUGUAUGAUGCAACGACCCAACAUUUGUAUGAUACAACGACCCAACAUAGGACUCAACAUUUGUAUGAUAAAAUAACCCAAAAUUUGUAUGAUACAACGAAAAAACAUUUGUAUGAUACAACGACCAAACAUUUGUAUGAUACAACGACCCAACAUUUGUAUGAUACAACGACCCAACAUUUGUAUGAUACAACGACCCAACAUUUAUAUAUUAUACAGCGACCCAACAUUUAUAUAUUAUACAACGAUCCAACAUUUGUAUGAUACAACGACCCAACAUUUCUAUGAUACAACGACCCAACAUUUAUAUAUUAUACAACGACCCAACAUUUGUAUGAUACAACGACCAAAUUACCUGGUUGUCCUUAACUACUACCAACAAUACUCAUACGUUACGUCAUAAGAUCAGCACCAAGUCAUGUAGCAUGCACUGCUGGCAGUGUUCCACCCACGCCUACACACACACACACAAACACACACACACUGACACACACACCGACACACACACUGACACACACACACACUGGCACAAGCUAGAACACGGAUUAUCUCCCAUUAAUUUCGCUGUUGCCACCGUUUACCUGAUCUAAGGAGAUUUAUCUCUAGAGGGGAACAUCACCGCAACAAACAAAAAUAAUAGGAAAAAAAACCCCACAAAAAGGGAGAAAUAAACCCUAACAACGAAGGAGUUCGAUCCUGUACUUAUUUGUGCGCAGUAUUCCCAACACAGACAAGAUGCAUAUCAAAUAGACCAGCGCUCUCUGGUGGUAGUCAUUAACAGAGGUGCACAGCGUCAUCACGAUACAAGUGAUAGUGGCGAUUUAUGGUGUGUGCGAUCAUCGUGAGGGUGCGCAGCCGGGGUGGGGUGGGGAGAAAGUGGUGGAAGGGAGCAGGGUUGGGGAAGGGAGGGGGUCGGGGGAAGGGAGCUGGGGUUGGGGAAGGGAGUGGGAGGGGGGGGGCUGUUUUCUAACAACAUUCUUGACAUGCGCCAAAACCAACAAAAGACAAAUGAGGAUUCAUGGGUUGAUGUUUGAUUCCGUCUGCUGAAAACAUGACGACAAGACGUGAGUAAUCCCCUUUUCUCUCCCCCCCCCACACCCACACACAUCACCCUUCAACCCCAGCACACCCUAAUGAGUGAGGACGGUAUAUUUAUACAUACUCAAAGACAUAUGGUGUGGGGUAGCGAUACUUAAUGGUUGAUACAUUAUAAAUAAAUAUUAUAAGAUAUGUUUAUGUCAAUAAUCACUUGUCAUGAUUCUCAUAGGCCGUACGUAACGCAGUGUUCAGUAAGCACGUCAAAUAAAAACACACAAAGGAGCUAACACUGAACAGGACCAUCAGAAAGUGCGUCACUAAAAUGUGUGUUUCGACCAGUAACUUUAGGAGUUGGGAAGUUAACGCACGGCCUCCGCAGUUGUUUGGCUGGCGGUUUCUUCUUUUUUAAAAAUAAUGUACAGUCAAUAUACGUAAUCACUGAUUCUAAAUAGGCUCAUGUACACAUACUUUGUUGUUGUUUUUUUUUUUUUUUUUUUUUUUUUUUGCCAUAAUAAAGUCCGGUAUAAUAAAAUAAUGUACAGUCAAUAUACGUAAUCACUGAUUCUAAAUAGGCUCAUGUACACAUACUUUGUUGUUGUUUUUUUUUUUUUUUGUUUUUUUGUGCCAUAAUAAAGUCCGGUAUAAAAUAGUAAACGUUGAAGGAAUUAAUUGGCAACAUAUAAAAUAUCGGCGAGUAAUAUUUUCUUUUCGGAAAAUGAAAUCGUCUUGAUUUAAGUCUGGUGUACAAAAUAUUCGGUUUAUUAAAAGGGGUUGGGACACAAGAAUAUUUAAUAUAGUUCGUGGGCGUGGAAUAAAAAGUGUGCAUUCACGUAUCAUGGGGGGGAGGGGUGACGCCAGAAGCGUAAUAUAUAUAGGAGAUUUUUUGCCCUUUUAUUUUUUAGUAUGCCGUAUGUAACCUUAAGCCAUAGCUUUUUUAAACAUUGCAAGCCCAAAUCCAGCACUGGGUAAAAUGGAUGUACAAUUAUUAAAAAAAGAAAUAGUUGAAGCCUGCCAAAGUUUCUUAUGAUACACAGGACUUGUCCACGCAUGGCAUCAUGAAACGUUGUCUUAAAAAGAAUUAUUUCGUCAACUUUCGUCUCAAAUAAGAUGACCAGAAUUUUAAUAAAAUGAGACAUCUAGACUAAUAUAGAAAGCUUGUAACACACAGGGACAUCAUUUGGGGCAUUCCCCCCCCCCUGAAUUUGCAGAUUUUUAUUUAAAUUCCUCAUGUAAAGUUACGCCUCCAGGAAUAAACAACCUAACAAGACCCACUAAUUUUUUAUUUUUCAUCCCCCCCCCACCACCUUUUAAAAGAUCUGAAAUUACGCACCUGGUAAUAGCUCACAAACUGAAUAAACAUCCUUUACUUUAAAAAAGUAUUUGAAUAAAAAAAUGUUGCAAAACGAAAAAAAAUAAAAACUUGGAUGAUAAUCGUGCCCUCUUCAUCGCAAAUACCUAACUUAGGACCGAAAGGUUUAAAUAAUUCUUUUGUUUCCCCAGUCUGUACGAAUUUAACAGAGUGCUCCCUACAGCGAUUACAAAAUCUUAACGAUCACUAAUUGAGUCAUUGUUGUCACCAAAGGAGUUCAUCAAUGGUCUAUGUCUAGGCUAGAGAAAUUAUACUUAGGACGUCCUGUGUUUCAUUAGUAUAAUUGUGCAAUUUUGUCUCGGUUAUGUUAAAAUGAAUCCGUACAAUGGAUUUUUUUUUUUAAAGUACGUUUCCGUUUGGAUCCAUAGGGAAUCUUAUCCUAUUUAAUCUUAUCUUAUCUAAUCUUAGAUAAUCUAAUCUAAUCUUAUCUUAUCAAAUCUUAUCUAAUCUUAUCUUAUCAAAUCGUAUCUAAUAUUAUCUUAUCUAAUUUUAUCUAAUCGUAUCUUAUCUUAAAUUUAAAAUAAAAUAUUGCGAAGAAAGCCCACACCGUAUAUUACAAAGUAAAUAAAAAAAAAACUAAACCUUUUGAGCUUAUUCCGUGAAGGUUCUCGAAACAAUUUUAAAUCAUUUAUAUAUAUAUAUAUAUAUAUAUAUAUAUAUAUAUAUAUANAUAUAUAUAUAUAUAUAUGUAUAUUAUAUUGCAUUAUUUUAUUUUAUUUACAACUUUUUUAGUUCAGGCAAUAAUUUAGGACUUUAAAAUUGAUAAAUGUUAAUUUUCUCAUUUCUUUGUCAAUUUCAAAUACGUUUUGAAAUUAUCAAGUUUAGCCACACUUGACGAAUAAAUCUUGUUCUCACUUACAAAUUUUGUUUACCGUUGUGGAUUUUGGCGCACUUGUCUAAAUAUUAUAUAUAAUUUUAUUUAUGUUACACAGCAAGCACAAUCGAACACGAUCUAUUGACCUCCUCAGCGGAGGAAUCUACUUAACUCUGUAUAUAUUUUUAAAUAUAUAAUAUUCACAUAGAGAGAGAGAAGGGGGGAGGAGAGUGAGAGGAGAAAGAGAAAGAAAGAAAGGAAGGAAGAGAGAGAGAGAGAGAGAGAGAGAGAGAGAGAGAGAGAGAGCGAGGGGGAUUAAGAAAGAAGGGGGGAGGUUAAAAGGAAGUAACCUUGAUCUAAAGAAAGGAAGACGCCCUUUUUUUUUCCAUUUGACGUCAUAAAAAUGUCUGUCGUUAGGCUGUACAUUUAUUUGGAAAGGGGAAAGCACCCGCGUAUUGGAAAUUUCCCCUUUUCGUGUUUGUAAUAAUGCUAGCGACUGCUUCAGUGGCGUAGCUACAGUUGUGCCGCUCGCAACGUCGGGCCUUAGGUUAACUUUCGCCCUGUGUAAAGCAGCCGUUCGGCGCCCCGCUUCCCUGUCCCUGUAUGGCUCCGCUCUUUUUCCGAUAAUCACGACGUAGGCUGUGGAGCACGUGUUAUGAGGCUAUACAUGUAGCUCACCAUACAAAGGUAAACAUACACAUUAAUAUAGACUUUAGACUGUUUCGUUUUUCUACGGUACUUCACACUUCACCAUAAUAAACUAAGGAAAUUUGAAUAUUUACUGGGCGCCCCAGGCGCCACUAUGGUCAAGGCGCCCUGUGCGAAAGCACAGCUUGCAAACCCUUAAGGGUCGUCCAUAACGUACGUCACGCUAUUUUUGACAAUUUUUAACCACCCCCCCUCCUCCCUGGUCACAAACUGUCACAAAUCUCGGAAACCCCCACAACUCCCCAACCCCCCCCCCCCCCCCCAAACCCCUAAAGUACGUCACACUUUCGAAGAAUUUUUUUUUUAAUCAACACCUAAUUAAAAUUUAAUCUAAAACACACUUCACUAUUAAACUGAAACUGUAUUAAAAUAUAAAAUUUCCACUUAAAAGAACUGUCCCAUUAUUAAAAUGACUGUAAUAGUAGAAUAGUUAAUUGUCAGCAAUGUCACAGUUAUUUAUUAAAGCAGUAACUCAAUCUAGAUUGAAUUUGAAAACAAAAAUUGCAAAAAAUUAUACUAGAAAGUUAUAUUUAUAGAAUACAAAUCAUUUAUCUGAUGAUUUUUCAUUUACUAUAGGUGAGGGCAAGUUUUAGAUAAUCUUCCGAUUAUGCAAUCUUUUUACACACGAUAAGAAGUAUAUUAGAGAAACUUUACCUCACCAAAUGAUUAAAUAAUAAAAAGGACAGUGACUGAAUGAUGCAGCGGACAACAUAGAAAUAAUACUUCAGGAAAGACGAAAGCAAAGCUACGCAUAAAACAAUGCUUCGCAACAGCAUACUAGCGCUCCUAGCGAGAAGAAUCGUGAACAACACAUUCAGGAGAUAAGCAUUUCAUGCUAUUUUGACAUAAAACUAAUUCAAAUGAUACACAAAAUUUGUGAAAAUUAUUUUAAAGCUACUAAAUUACAAAAAAAAAAAAAAAAAAAAUAAAACACAAAAUUUAAAAAAAAAAAAAAAUUGGUGCCGUCCGAAAGGCCCGGCCCCCCCCCCCCUGUCACAAACUGUAACACUUUCUUACACCCUCCCCCCCCCCUUUCUGGAGCGUGACGUACUUUAUGGCGCGGCCCCUAAGGGCCGGCGUUGCCGUUCGGGCUCUGCAAAUCCACACACAAAAAAGAAAGAUAGUUCAUCGUAAAUGGAACACAAAAAAAAUACCCACCCAUCCCCACCCAUCCCUACGCCACUGUUAAGCUUUAAACCCCACCCGAUAGGGUUAUUAGGCAAUAAACUUUUCGGUACUUGACGGACUUCUUAGGAUUAUUUUCGUUGUUGUUUUUUUUUUUUUCAAUUUAUACUUUUAAUAUUGUUGUUAUUAAUUUUUCCAUUAUAACAUUCGGUCCGGUGUAAGAGAUUUACUAAUCAGUUCGCCCGGACCGGACCGACUUCAGCUCGCCGCUGAACGAUUGCGAACUAAAUGGAAAAUACAAGUCAUUCUUUUUUUUAAGUACAUACUGUGGUUUCCCUUAACUAUUUAAUUUUAUUUUUCGGUUCUCUUUUUUUGUUUCCCCAGACACCAACAAAGACGGCGUCAUUGAGAAGUGUGACUUUGACAACGCGCUAGAGGUAACCGUCAACGAUGUGGUCUUAUCAAUUAGCUUCUUUUACGUCUGUCUAGUUAACGUUAACGAUACAACAUAGCCGUCAGGUUUAUUCGUGUUAGAUGGUAGACGAGUGUGUGUUGCGUAGACGAAUGGCCUGAAGGAUCAGUCCAGGUAACAAAACAAAAAAAAAAAGUAUUCUUGGAUCCAAAUUUUAAUUGUAAAAUGAUUAAUUAGCAGCCUAGUUUCCCCGCGUGAUGAGUCUUCCUGCGCAUCGCUGAUUACUGGUGUAAACUAAGAAAUAAUUGUACCUGAGAAAAUAAAAAUCAAAUAUUUAUAUAUAUUUUUUUAUCAAUUUUACUUAGAAGCUGAUUAAUGAAAAUAAUUAGGUAUAAUUUUUUUUUUUUUUUUUUUUAAAAUCCAUCACUAAGUUAAGAGGUCAUGAAACACAUUGGUGAGGGAGUAAAAAUCUGUUCCUCCUAAAUACAUAGCAUGUAGUGUUACAUAGCUGGGAAUUUAAUACGAGAAGGAGGUGGGGAAAAAAUUGAAACAAUUUUGUAAUGAAUAUGAAGCAUACAAUCUGGCCCCUGUUGAAGAUCCUGCUACUCCAUUAUGGCAAACCCGAUGGCUAUAACUUAAGCUAGAAUUUAACCAAACCUUUCCCACCUUUUUUAAAAAUGAUCAUCACACUGACCGCUAACGAAACGCCUUAAAAAAAUCCCCCUAGAAAAUCUCAAGUCUCCACCACUGGAAAAAUAACGAUGCCGCCUUCAAAGAGGCCCAGGACACAUUGGACGUGAUCUGGGAAGGUCUACGGUUAAGAGCGGACAAAAACAAAGUAAGUUUUAGCAGGGAAACGAUUUGACUGAGUUUGUAAGUAAGACUUAAAACAAACGACUGACCAAGUUUGUAACAAGACUUACCAAAGAUUACUAAGUAUGUUAAUAAGGCAUAAGGUGAAUACAUUAAUAACAACAACAACAACAACAAAAAUCAACAUUGCAAGACAGGUAAAAAAAAAACCACCAAUAAAAAAAAACCACCAAAAAAAAAGGAGAAAUCCAAAACAUGCAUUUAGUUUAUUCUUGGAAAUUCUUUUCCGCGAAUUAUGAAGAGCAUUUAUUAGGAAUUGUCUUGACAACAGUGAGGAUGUAUCAUCAUAGCUAAAUGUAUUCCCGUUGCUGUUGUUUAGGAUGGUAAAAUCACAAAAGAGGAGUGGACGAAGAUGUGGGAGGAGUGUAUCAAAGAUGUAGUGGACGGCAAACAAUUCCCAGAAUGGCAGCAGAAGUACAUGGAGUUUAUGUUUUAUGCCAACGACACCUCAGGUAGGGUAUGGUGGAAUGUGAAUGUUUUAUGCCGAUAACAUCUCUGGAUAGUCGAAUUUAAUAUUUAUGCAAUGACAUCUCAGGUAUUAUAUAGUGGAUUUAAUGUUUUUGCAAUGAUAUAUCAGGUAUGACAAUUGUGCAAACGUCAAGUAGGAUAUAGUGAAAUUUAAUAUUUAUGCAAUGACAUCUCAGGUAUGAUAUAGUGGAUUUAAUGUUUUUGCAAUGAUAUAUCAGGUAUGACAAUUGUUCAAACGUCAAGUAGGAUAUAGUGAAAUUUAAUAUUUAUGCAAUGACAUCUCAGGUAUGAUAUAGUGGAUUUAAUGUUUAUGCAAUGAUAUAUCAGGUAUGACAAUUUUUCCAAAUUUCAUGUAAAAUGCCGCUUAUGAAAAAAAAGGAAAUGACUUUAACACCCCAGUUUUGGCUUGUAUAAAGAAACAAUGUUCAUAAAAAUACCCCUGCACUUCAGAUUGUCCAUGUGUCACACUGGGGCUCAGCAGAUGAAAGCUCAAACACAAGCCAACUCCAUAAUGUCCCCUAAACGCAUGCAGCAAUAUUUACCCAUUAAGCACCCAACAUUUGUAUGACGCAACGACCCAACAUUUGUAUGAUGCAACGACCCAUAACAUUUCCAAGUAAAAACACAGUGCUGUUUAUUGGCCAUUUAGCACUUGGGGGGAGGGCUGUAUUUCCCAGUCAACACAUGGGGGGGACACCAUGUACUUCCCAGUAAACACAUAAGGGGGCAUGUACUUCCCAGUAACACAUGGGGGACCAUGUACUUCCCAGUAAACACAUUGGGGACCAUGUACUUCCCAGUAAACACAUCGGGGGACCAUGUACUUCCCAGUAAACACAUGGGGGACCAUGUACUUCCCAGUAAACACAUGGGGGGCCAUGUACUUCCUAGUAAACACAUGGCUUCCCAGUAAACACAUGGGGAGACCAUCUACUUCCCAGUCAACACAUGUGGGGACCAUGUACUUCCCAGUAAACACAUGGGGGGACCAUGUACUUCCCAGUAAACACAUGGCUUCCCAGUAAACACAGGGGGGGACCAUGUACUUCCCAGUAAACACAUGGGGGGACCAUGUACUUCCAAGUAAACACAUGGGGUGCAGUAUCGCCCACUGAACGCUUGUGUCUAUUCCAGGUGAUGGUUUCAUCGACCGUGACGAGUACACUGCCAUCUACCAACUGUUUGGCUUUUCAAGUGAUACCGUCAACCAAGCUUUCGACAAAAUAUCAGAGGUAAUCCUUUCAAUCAGGUUUGGGCAAAAAAAAAGGGGGGGGGGUGUAGUCUAAUUAGUGACGUAUUGGCAGGGGGAGAUAAUCCUUUUGGUGAUCGUUUUAAAAGGGGAGUUUUUUUAAUUUAUUUUAAGUUAUUAUUAUUUCUUUUUGUCUGGAUAUUUUAGCAGGAGAGGUAGUCUUUUUGAUGAAGACAUAUUACAAGGGGAGGUAGAGCCUUUUAAAAGUGUCAAAGUAUCAAGGGAGGUAAUUUCAUAGUAUCAGAGGAGGUAAUUAUUUUGCUGAUCAAUCUUAUCUGAAGUUAUUCUUUGUGUCCAGGCAACAUAUUAAGGAAAGAGUGUUGGUGAGGGGUGGGUAAGGGGUGUUGGAGGGUUGAGGAGGGUUGGGGGGAGGACAAGCCUGAAACAAUACUUUAUCAAAGACGGUUCACUUUGACUUUAAUUCUUCUGAGAGUUGAUUUAGGGGAUGUAAAAAAACAACAAAAAAAAACCGAACUCUCAGUGUAAACAAAUAAAUAUUAAAAUAUUAAGUUUAAAAAAAUUAAAGUUUUAAAAAUUUUAUUUUUAAAUUUCUUCGCAGGGUGUUAAAGACGGAAAACUGUCGAAAGAUGACUUCGAAGGAUUAUGGCGGGAAUACUUCAUAUCAGAAGACGAGAACGCCAAAGGCAACUUCCUGUUCGGCAGACAAGGGCAUUAGCGUGACCCUCAGUUCGAAACAGCAUCCCCAUUUAAAGUCGUUAUGUCUUCUUUUUAACCGUACAAACACAAGGACUAUCAGUUCAGAGAUAUUUUUUUAUUUAUUUACAAAAUAAUAUUUUUUUCAUCAUCUGUUCACGUGUUAUAUUAAUAACAACGAUGGUACAUCAAAAUGGCGGGCAAGUCAUGGGAAUUGCGAUCAAAUCAGCAAAUAAACAUGUAAUGUUAAUAAUGAAAACAUAGUUUUGAGCAUCUGAUUUCAACGAAACAUGAACAGAGGAAAAAAACAACAACAUAUUAAUUUACUAUUUUACAGGCAUUUUGGAUUUCUUAGUAUUUAAACAAAACAAAAAUUAAUAAAUUCAAAAACUACUUUGUCACGAUAAAAUACCAGGCGUGAGGAAGUAGAUGAAAUACGCUUGAGACCAUGGCGAG